UUCGACUAAUCAACAUUUUGGGAUUUUCUGCAGAUAGACAAAAUGGAAUAGCAUGCUUGAUGUAUGCUCGACUAGGAACUGACAUGCGAGCUCCUUUAGCGUCGUUAUCACUACUGUGGUAUCACACAAUCGUCAGACCGUUUUACGGGAUAGACGGCACGAACGUGACAGCAGGAGUUGACGCAUCUGCAUACCUUCUGAAAGAAUCUGAAAGCGAAUUCGACCGGUCCCCUCUAUUUUUGUUCUUCAGAGGAAGGGUCUGCAGACUGAAUUCUGAUAUGGAAGGUGCUCUGAUGGCUUACCAAAAAGCAGUUGACAAUUCGAACCAAAGAGAACUCAAGGUGUUAUGUAUGCACGAGAUCGGGUGGUGUCAUUUGAUAAGAUUGAAUUACAAAGCUGCUACGGACACUUUCCUCUAUUUGAAAUCCUCCAGUAGAUGGUCUCGAGCUUUUUAUUGCUACGUGGCUGGGAUAUGUGCAGGUGCCUCUGAAAAUUUUUUUAGAAGCAGUAUUUUUGAAGAUUUCAAAGCAUUCGGUGUGGGAAUUUUGAAGGGAACACCACUAGACCAGUUUUUGACAAAACGAUACAAAUUCUGUCCUUCUGAUUUAGAAUUGGCAGAAAAGAAAAAAGUGAUCUUCUGGAAAUUGCUCAUUUUCGAAAUGUUAUACCUUUGGAAUGCCUUACCCAAUUGCGAUAGCCUUACAAUAGAUGUUAUAAAAAAAGAUUGUAUUUCGUUAAGAGACCCGAAUGAUGAACCAAUGAAAGGAUUGUCAAAAUUAAUCAUUGGAUAUACUUGCUGCAUUCAAAGGUUUUACGGGGAAGCUAUGGAGAUGUUUAGAGAUUGUUUAGAGUUGAGAAAAAAUAUUUCCCCUAUUUCCGAUGAUGCCCACAUAUCGGCUUUUUGUCAGUUUGAGCUCGGGUCACUUUUAUUGAUGAACGAAGAAACAAAAGACGAGGGUAUAUUGCUUUUGCAGAAGAUGACACAGUAUACAAAAUACGACUUUGACCAUAAAUUAAAUGUCAGAAUUUAUUCUUUAUUAAGACAGUAUCAUGCAUAAUAAUAAUUGAGAAAUUCAGA